UGAGAUGAUGAAAUUUGUUUUCAGGUGACGAGAUGAGCUUGUGACUGACAGUAGGUGGUGUGUAGAUGGAUGAUGAGAGGCCAUUACUAAUAUGCUGAUAAGCAAUCACGUGUAGUUCCAAGGAGUUGGAGCUGCGGCAAUCUAACAUUUAUACAUUUGGGCAAGUACGGUGUCCAUGCAUGGCGCGAACUUUUUUUUUUUUUUUUUUUUUUCCCCCUCUCUUUGCUCUUCUUUUUUUUAUCCCUCUCCCUCAGUCUUCACAGCCCGACAUCCAAUCCCUAGUUUGACGGUUUGGUGGAAAAUUGCUGCAUUCAAAACUACCCAGUAGUUGCGCCUCAUCUGAUCGGAAGACAAAUUUAUUUUCCGGUAGAUUAACAGCCCUCAACUGAAACCACUGUGCCACGUGAAGGCGGCCACAAAUGAAACAGGAAAAAAAAUAAUGAAAAAAAGAGAUAACUUGAGCGAAAAGGACAAAAAGCAGCGCGGGGGCCAUGGAUACACACUACCACGGCCGCCUCGUGGGACGGGCGCAGCAGGUAGGAUGGUGGUCGCUGCGCCGCCUCCUGGGCAGGCCGCAGCGGGGGCGGCACGACGACAACGACCCACAGCAGCAGCAGCAGCAGCAGCAGCCAGGACAGAACGCCGGGACGGCGGCCAACUUUACGCCCGACUGGAGGGGCAUACGGCAGGGGUGGCCGGCGGGGGUGACGUGUUCGCACCUGGAGGAGUCGUGGUUUGCGGCCGACGUGGUGCCCAGCCGCGGCGACUACUGCUACUGCGGCUGCGGCCAGUCCGUGGCGCACAGGGACGAGGAGGACGAAGAGGAAGACGAGGAGAGGCAGAAGCACAGGGAGGAGGUGGCGCGCGCCACGCUGGCCGAGAUGCUGCACGAUGCGGUCCCGUUUGCGCUGUCGGACGGCAGCGCGUCGGGGAGGGCGGAUCCGAGGAUCGUGAGGGCGGCGAGGGCGAGGCUGCUGAGGGCUUUUGAUGAGGAUGUGGCGGGUGGGAUUAGGGAGAAGAAGAAGGAUAAGAAAAAGAAGGAGGAAGAGAAGGAGAGGAGGCACAGGAGGACAGCCGGGGGCGAUGGCGAGGGAGCAGCACCGCAACAGAAUUCGCAGCAAAAGGAGAAGCACAAGCACAAGCACAAGCACACACGACCAGCACGGGCGUUCCACCGGUUCCCCGAGCUCCCCGCCGAGCUGCGGCUCGAGAUCUGGACCCUGGCGCUGCAGGGCCGCAGCCGCGGGCUCGGGGUGGGCGUGGUGCGGGCGUGGCGCUACAACUGGCACGCCGACGUGCCGCGUCCGGCGCUGGCGGCCGUGUGCCGCGAGGCGAGGGACGUGGUGCUCGCGGCGACGGUGGGGGUGGCGGGGGGCGCGGCGACGGGGCUGACGGUGCACGACCGGCUGGACCUGGGCAACUCGCCGGACGGGCGGCGGCUGGGCGGGCUGCUCGGGUGCGUGGGCCGGCUGCGCGGCGGGGUGGUGCUGGGGCUGAACCACUUCCUCGGGCGCGGGCAGGCGAUCCAGGACGACGGCCUGCUGGGGCUGGACCUGGGGCGGCUGGCCGCGGGGGCAGGAGGGGGCGGGGCGUCGCUGGGCAGGGUGCUCAGGGAGGUGGCGGGCGGCAGGGGCGCGGUGCUGGUCACGGUGCAGACGGUGUACGUGACGCUGGGGUGCGGGGCGGCGGCGUGGGAGGGCGCGGGCGGCGGGGUGGAGGGCUACCUGCAGCGGCUGCAGGCAAUUGGGGAGUUUGACUUUGUCAAGGAGGUGGACGUGGCGGUGGCGGAGGCGGGGGAGGGCGGCUUGUGCGUGGACGACGACGACAGGCUGGACGCGGGCAUGUACUGGCGGCAGAUGAUCCCGCACGAGGCCUGCCACCACGUCACCGAGGUGGUGCCGCUGGGCGACGCGGCGAGGAUGCGGAGGAUCCUGGCGGUCGGCGAGGUCACGGGCCAGUGGGGCGAGGGGCAGCGUGGGAGGCGGCCCAGGCUGCUGGCCCUGGCGCACCACUCGCACGCGUUUUGUCUGGACGCCUGCCUGGGCGCGUGGUGGCGGCGGUGCGGAGAGCAGACGGUCCGGGCGGGCAUGGAGAGGGUGAUGCGGGCGGAUGGGCUGGCGGAGGAGCAGCAGCAAGGGGUGGUGCUGCCCGAGGUGGUGCCGGCGGUGAGGUUCAAGAUCCAGUGGCCUGGGUUGGAGGCGCCCAGGAUUGUGGAUGGGGAGGUUUGUUGGGAGGCUUGAGUGGUGUGUGCAGGAUGAUAUUUCAGAUUAUGAAGCAACAUGGAACUGACCAUCAGCAAUUGCUGUUAUUUUGGUUUUCACUUUAUAUUCCACAGGCCGAGUGAUUGUUUGGAGGAAAACGCGGCAUUUGUCAAUAGGUUCUACUGCAGCUAGUCUAGUUCUAGCCGAAUAUGCACA